AUGUCGGUGAAUGUAACAACAAAUGCUUUAAUCGUUUGGCGAAAUAAUUUCAAGCUAAAUACACUUAAGAGCCAAAUUUAUGUAAAACUUCAAAACUUAGACAGAGACCUCAAAACGAAAGACGCUGUAACCAUGAACAAGAAACUUUCGGCACUAUCAAUUGCUUUGAUGAUUUGUGGUUUUAUUUGGUGCACAAUAUGGCUAUUCGUUUACAAUGCAAUAGCUAUGAAUACAUUUUGUGUACCACUAACAAUAAUAUUGAGCGCCAAUGUUGGAAACUGGCUAGAAAUGGUUUUAUUAUUCAUCAUAUUUUACUUUGUAAAUACUUCUACCAUGGUUGAUUCAAUGCUGUGUAUGCUACCGGCUUUAUUACUCAUGCUUACGAUAUUCUUCAGCUUAUGUGUUAUUGCUGAAGCUUUAACAUCGAAAUUAGAUAUUACUAAAAAGCUAUGCGCCAUGGGUAUGCACUCAUUCACUGAUGACAUAUCCCGGAGAAACUCUAAGCAAAUAGUGCUACUACUUAAAGCAAAACGACCGUUGUCAGUUUUCAAAAUUUACACACUUGGCACUCGAUUACCGAUCCAUCUGCUCGGCGUUACGGCCAGUUACACUAUAGUGUUGCUACAAUUUGCGGUUUUGUAA